AUGUCCGUCGACGUCCAAGCUUCCACCGCCACCUCGGCUUCUUCCACACGCACCGCUCCACCCUCCAAGCGCGACAUGCUCAAGCAGGCGGCGCUUUCGCCGCUCUCGCUCCUGUCGCUGCUUCCCAUCCCCACGCCGCAGCAGCUGCUACUGCACACGCUCUCGCUCGGCCCCAUCCCGCGCCACAUUGCAUUCGUCAUGGACGGCAACCGUCGCUGGGCACGCACGUCCCAACACACCAUCCAGCACGGUCACCUUACCGGCUUCGCCACGCUCAAGUCGGUGCUCGAGGUGUGUCUCAACCUGCGCGGGCUCGACACGGUCACUGUCUAUGCUUUCGCCAUCGACAAUUUCAAGCGCAGCGAGAGCGAGGUGAAUGCGCUCAUGCAGAUCGCCAAGACGCGCCUGAUCGAGCUCGCGGGGCACGGCGAGCUGAUUGCACGCUACUCGGUGCGCGUACGCAUCGCAGGCCGCAAGGCGCUUCUGCCCGACGACGUACGCGAGGCAGUGGAGAAGGUCGAGCAUAUGACGCGCAACAAUACCAAGGCGACGCUCAACAUCUGCAUGCCCUAUGCAAGCAGAGACGAGAUCACGGGUGCAGCACGCUGCGUGCUCGACCGCAAACUGCGUGCGCUCGAAAAAGUCGCCGUGGCCCAAAAGUCACGCCUGGCCUCGGAGGAGGAGUUGCAGUUGGAGGAGGUGCUGGACGAGGUGGAUCUGCACGUGUCGCCCGAGGAGCUGGGCGAGGCGAUGCAGCUGGCACAUUCGCCUCCGCUCGACAUCCUCGUGCGCACAUCGGGCGUGUCGAGGCUGAGCGACUUUAUGCUCUGGCAAUGCACCCAGCACACCCACCUUCACUUUGUCGACAAGUUCUGGCCCCAGUUCGGCAUUGCAGACAUGGUGCCCAUCAUCCUCGACUGGCAGCGUCACUCGUGGUCCGCCUCCCUCCGCCGAUCAUGUGGCUGGUCCUAA